GACGGCUUCGUUGCGCAUGUUUGCAGUGCACACUAGCUAGCAAGUUAGGCUCGGUAGCUUUGAUCAAGUCUGGCUGAAGAUGCAAACAAAAUAAAUUAACCUUAAAAGUAAAACUGUGUGUACUCGCAAUUUAAUUCGUAGCGAAAGCGAAUAUCACCGUUAUACAGGUGACUAUCUGGCUAUCAAAAAUAAAGCUGAUAAACAUGAUCUAAACCACCUGUUGUUUUCCACCGGAAGUCAUUCAGCGCGCUGUUUCUCCAGAACAAACCUCUGUUGUACUGUUGGGAGAGAAGACAUCUGCAGGUGUUGUUGAAGCAGCAUGGACUGCAGCAGGUCCAUGGCCAGCUGGGAUGGGUCCAGGCUCUGCUGAAGGUCAUGAAGGCAGAGGCAGAUGACAGGGUGGUGAACACAGAACUGGAAAAUGGAUAUUAUCUCAAAUCACAGCCGUACUUUGGAGAUGCAACAGUGUUUUACUAACCAGAUCGAGCGGCUCCGAGGGGAGAAUCAACAACUGAAGGCGGCCUUGAGACAGGCAGAGUUCAGACUCAGCACAGUGGAGAGAGAGAAGGCCUGUCAGCAGGCUGCGCUCUCAGAAAAGAUCUGCAAUGUUGAUCAGCUUACUUCAGAGAAACAGCAGAUGACCGCUGAGCUGGGAGUGUGGCGUAUGCAGCUUACCCUGCUGAAAGCAGAGGGACAGGAAGCUUUGAAAGAGCUGCUCGGCGGUAAAACCUGUGAGCUGGAACAAGAAAACCUGAAACUUCAGAGCCAGCUGAAGACUCUACGGGCUGAGCUGGACCAGACCAACAGUUCCUUGAGAACACUGGAGGCGGCUGAUGGUCAUGGUCUUAAAGUUGCUCUGGGAAUGCAGAAACAGAUCACUUCUAAAAGGGAGCAGAUUGAUUUCCUGCAAAGCCGAAUUCAGCUGCUGGACGAGACCAUAGAGAAGCUCAAGAUGGAGAAACACCGUCAGGCAUUACUGGUUAAGAGACAGACACAAGAGCUGUUGUCAGAGAGGGAGAGCAGGAGAAGACUGGAGUCUGAAGUAGAGGCUCUGUGCUCUAAAGAACGAGAGCUCAAAGGCAAAGCAGAGAGACUGGAAGCAGCUUUAUACAAGAUGUCUGACAGUUUUGCUGAAUGCCAAGACUUUAUUCAGAAGCAGGAACAGGAACUUAUGAGGCUGAAACUGCAGCAUACAUUAGAUAUAAAGGAAUUGCAAAGCCAGAAUUGGCGUACCGUUUCCAGAUCUCCAGUAAGCAGCUGUAUCCUACAGACUCAUAUUCCACUCGCUCAGCAUAAUGUUAAUGGCCUAAUGGAGAUGAGAGUCUCUGACCCCCGCGUGGAGCUGAAGAGUUUUCUAAGAGACCUGCGUGGUGGGAUUGCUGAAGAGAAAGAACACACUACCUUGAGCUUCAGGAGGAAACCCGAGGAAGACCACAAAUCUAGACAACCUAUAGGCACUAAAGGUCCUGAAAGUACCCCAAGGCCAGUUGAAAGAAAAAACAGUUACAGUGAGCCGGGAUCCUUCAGAACUUCUGAACCGAAUAAGCAGGAUCACGCCAACCCUUUAUCAGCUGACAAUAAUGCAGUGUGUUUUAGAGCAGGACAGACAUGCUGUUCCCGCUCUGUUUGUGCAACAGGACGCAGGUCUCCUGUGCACCUUCUCCUCACUUCUGAUCUUCCCACUGACAGAAACUAUUGGCUGGAGAUGGAGCGCCCUGCCUACGCUAAUCAGAUAUCUGCCAGCAAUCAAGAUGAGCUCACAGGACAGGCAUCUCAGAAAAUCAAGCUGGACAGACCGUAGAAGCUACUAAAGGAUGUUGGCCUGAAUGACACUGUUCUUGUUUAUUCUCAAUAGGACUUUGUCGAAAACGGCUGUCAAAACAGAUAAUAGUGACACUCGCACUGUUUGCUUUCUUCAUCGCAAAUAAAGUGGAUUUGAUAUUUGUUGGCUAAACAGACAUUUGAAUUUGAAAUGCAGAAACCAAGAACAUUUCAAUGUGCUGCAUAAUACAUCCCCUGUAACAUGGCAGUAUUAUUAACAUAUCAAUAAAGUGUGGGCUAUAUUUUUUGAAUCACUUAGAUUUUUAUAACUGCGUUGUCAUCGGACCUCACACAGCUGCUCUGGAGAAGCUGCGCUGACUGAGCCAGACGGCUGCUUUUGAACGCUGUUGCUGUACUUUGAUGCCAUAUGUAACACUGCGGUACUUCAGUGCCAUACUUAAUGACAUUACUAACCAGCAUGCAGAGCUUGAAGUCAGAAGCCAGUCUUUCUGUGCAGCACUGCAUGUAGUUGAACUCUCCUACAUUGGACCUUCGAUAGGCCCAGUCCUACCUUUUGUUGCAUCUACCUUUUUUAAGGGCCCUCUGAACUGCCUUGAAACGUGCAGCAUUAUUCAAUGUGUUUAUGUAAUAUCCACUGGAACAGGAAGACAGGGCGGGACAUAUCGAGGACAAACAUUUAUUAAUUUCAGCCCAUGUUAGAAUAUUAUAGACAGUCCAUUUUUACCCUUUUAUGAGCACAUUUUCCUGCUGCUGACAAGCUUGUCCAAGUUAGCAAAACUAGCUAAGGGAGGCGGAGCUUAACAACAGGAAAAUUGUGCCCUUAUUGAAGAUGUUGCAGGGGUCUGUAUUGUUCUUUUGGUUUAUGAUUGCCAAUGAUUUGUUCUGCAGGAAUGUAGUUUUAUAAAGGCCUAGAAAAGAGGACACGCUUCUAAAACAAGAUCUAAACAAUAGAUUUAUUUCAUUUUGCAUAAAGAAUGAGAUUUUUGAAAUGAAA